CCCUCGUUCGAGACCUCCGCUCGCCUCCGCCGCUUCUCCUUCCCAUUCUCCCACUUCUUCCCCUCUCCAAGCUCUCAUCUUUGACUGCGACGGCGUCAUCCUCGAGUCGGAGCACCUCCACCGCCAGGCCUACAACGAGGCCUUCGCCCACUUCGCCGUCCGCUGCCCCCCUUCCACCUCUCAGCCCCUCUACUGGAACUCUGACUUCUACGAUGAGCUCCAGAACCGGAUUGGCGGAGGAAAGCCCAAGAUGAGAUGGUAUUUCAAUGAGAAUGGUUGGCCUUCUUCUCCCAUCUUUGAGACUCCUCCGUCAACCGACUCGGAUAAGGAAAGGUUGAUCGAUAUCCUCCAGGAUUGGAAGACUGAGAGGUACAAAGAAAUUAUUAAAUCUGGAACUGUGGAGCCUAGACCAGGCGUGUUGCAAUUAAUGGAUGACGCCAAGGGUGCGGGUAUUAGACUUGCUGUUUGCUCUGCAGCAACUAAAAGUUCAGUUGUACUAUGCCUUGAGAAUCUUAUUGGAAUAGAGCGGUUUGAAAGUCUUGACUGCUUUCUUGCAGGUGAUGAUGUCAUAGCAAAGAAGCCUGAUCCAUCAAUUUAUUUAACAGCUGCAAGGAAACUUGGUGUGCUAGGGAAGAACUGUUUGGUGGUGGAGGAUAGUGUCAUUGGGCUACAAGCAGCAAGUGGAGCAGGAAUGCCAUGUAUAAUAACUUAUACAUCUUCUACCGCGAACCAGGAUUUUAAAGAUGCUAUUGCAACCUACCCUGACUUGAGCAAUGUGAGGCUACAGGAUCUUAAAUCAUUGCUUCAAAAUUCUUUGGUUGCUAACUAGUAAGUCCGUGUUGGUUUCACAUUAUGUGGCCUCAACUACUUCUGGCGGUCCAAGGAAGGUUGAGGAAUGAUUGUAAUUUUAGUACCUUCGAAGAUUCGCUGAUUUCCAUCAUGAAUCUCAAAGUUGAUUCAUUGAAUCUUCCAAUCCAAUUGGAAGCUUGAUAUAGUGUAUAUAAUAAUUUUUAUUUCACAUCCCAUUGGUAUUCCUAUCAUGUACUAUUUUCCACUUUAUAAUUCUCUAUGUAUAAUAUAGGGGCUUCCUUGGAACUGAGCCUGCCCAUUUUUUGCAUUUCACCAUUGUUUUCCUUGGGUAAAGGCAAAUAUAAAGUAAGAAUCUGCUUGUUUGCAGAUAUGGACUAUUUUUCCCGGAAUUAUUUACUUCUGAGA